AUGUCCUUCCGCCUCCCAAAGUUCCCCAUGCUCACACUCUUCCACAACCCCGCCAGUGAUGCCAGCAACCAAGCUCUAAAGCUCCUCCAUAAAGCCGCCUUUAGCAACAACUUUGAAAUCGAUGUCGUCGAUUCCAAAACAACUCCGCCCACCCAUCAACAGGUCUCUAGCAUUGUCGGUUACCUAGGCAAGGGCUCCAUCGAGAAGGGUUGCAGAGACAUCCUCGCGCCUGAUGCCCCCAAGGCUUCCACUGUCGCGGAAGUGCAAAAAAUCUUGGACUCUAACCCUGGAUACAUGAUGAAGCCUCUGGUCGUCGACUGGAACAAAGGAAAGGCUAUCGUGGCCGUGCCCCCUACCAAGGUCAGUGAGAUGGUCAAGGAUGUGGGAGAAUCCGAGUAA